GGAGAAGCAGCUGUUUGUGUCUGGCGGAGUUUUUAAAGCUUCGUAGAUGAUGCAUAAUUCUGAUCGUUUUUCUGGUCAACAUCGUGUAAAAAAGUGAUUGCUAUCGUGAUUUUCUGGUUUUUACCGAAUAUCAAGUGGUCCUGUGCUGCAAGACUGUGUUUCAUGUCGCAAGCGAGUUCGUGCAGAAGGUGCAGGUUCUUCUACAUCCGUGUUUCUUUAAAAUCCUAUCUGAGAAGAGGUGUAAGUAGGGUUAUUGUAGUGCUCCGACCUGUGGAAGAGGAAGAAAGGACAUUCGCGAGGACCUUGCAAUUGUUGGUUCUAGCCGUCAUGCUCCUGAUCGUCGAGCCCACAAGUUUCCUGCUGGCUACCCGAAACUACGCAAGCGUUGAAUAUUUUGUUGAUCCAGCCGUCUGCACCAAGAAGAGCAUCCAGGAGCGCGAGAAAUUUCAUGUAUUUUUCGAAUGUGUACGUACGAGAAAUGAAACGUGGUCAUGCGGGAUAGGAAAUGUCAUAUGUGCUCAGAUGAAUCAGGGUGCUGUGCAUGACACAAAAGAUCGGUUCUUUUGAGGUUUCUGAUAUGUUUGUAUCAUCAUGACGAGGCUGAUGCUGAUCGUGCAGCAGAGCAGGAGAUGAGUUUUCGCUUGCAUAAAAACCUUUUGGGCGCUGCGCAUUUUGUCUUCAUGUCCUCGAUGAAACUCGCUCAGAUUUCAAUAUCCAGUGCAAAAGAGGAAUGUGUUAACUCCCGAAGAGUACUUACAGCGCUUGUCAUUUUUUCAAUGUUCGUUUUUGUAUGGCAGAAUGAACCGCGAGGCAACAGACACACACGGUGCACGACAUGCAAUGGUGCGUAUGAUACAUAUGUAUUGUUCCUCGCGUGACUGACAUGGAAGACUGUAUUGGCGUAGAAAUUCCAAUUCCUCACCAAAAAUGAUGCUCGCAAUGCGAGAACAGUGAUGUAUAGAGAGCUGCAUUUUUGCGAAAUGUAUACAGCGCAAGCGUAUGUUUGUCUGAAGGGGAGAUACUUUUCAAGAUGAUGAUCAACCCUGUACGGCUACGUAUCGCUUGCCACACGAGAAUGCCUGGGCGAAUUUUCGGCGCUGCGGUGAAGAGGGCGGUGAAGAGGGAAGAAAGGUUGAAGGGGCUGCCUGCUACUUCUUGUGAAUAGUUGAAGCGGAGACGGCGGUACUACCGGUAUCAGCUCUUUCUGCAAAUUUACGCAAUUCUGCUCAGAAAUUGGAACGCUCAGCUAAGGCUUGGCACGAGUGGUCUACCCAGGAAUAAAUAUUAUGUGACAUCAUAUUCAUAUCUUCCGACUGGUACUUUGUUAUUCGGCGGGUUUUCUUUAUUUGUCGCCAUGAAUGAUUUGCAUUUGGAGUCUUGACCUUGAGGAGCCGGAUCACGGCCCAGAAAAGUGAAGAAAUGUUAUUUCAAGAGUAGAUCUGAUUCCGUUGCUCCUUUUCUCUGGGAACACGUGCGCAGGUUUGCCUGCGUUCCCACUGUAAAAGAUUGUCGAAUUCUUACCUUCACACCGGCUUUGUAACUAAGAUGGAAAAAGUGUUUUCGCGGCGUUAAUAUCCUCUCCCUCGUCCACUUCGUGC